CUGCCGACACAGAGCUAUACACCCUGAAGAAGACAUAUACGCCAAUUCCCUCACUCCACUCUCCCGCCAUCAGAUUGUCGACACAGGCUCCAGGCAGGCAAUCGACAUGUCAGGACCGCCGUUCAAGGUCAAGGCAGUCUACGAGUACUCAAGCCCACACGAAGAUGACCUUCCGUUUCCCGAAGGCCAGAUCAUCACCGUCGUAGCUCUGGAAGACGCCGACUGGUAUGAAGGCGAAUACACGGACGCCUCAGGUGGCAAGCACCGUGGUCUGUUUCCCAAGAACUUUGUCGAGCGCUACGAGCCCGAGGUUCCCUCAAGACCCGCCAGACGCCCCGUCUCAGAGAUGCGCUCUCCUCCACCGCAGGCUCCUGUCCCCGAACCUGCAGUAGGCGCCUUCCCCGAGGAAGCCGAUGAGGAGGACGACGACGACAGCUUCGCCGAGCCUCCACCCGUUCCCGCCCAAUCCAAGUCCGUCAUUGAGCCCGAGGCUGCUCCAGUACCGCUGCCUCCUCGCAACCUCUCACCUCCUCCGCCAGCCAGACAAACUGCUCCCCCUCCGCCAGCUCAAGAGACGGUCAGAUCUCCUCAAGCAGAAGCACCAGCCAUCCGCGAGACAAUCAAGUCUCCUCCGCCCGCGCCCAAGCCAGCUCCCUCUGAGCCCGCCAAGUCGGAACCUGUCAAGGCAGAGCCCUUUAAGAAAGAGCCUCCGCCUGUGAGCAGCAAGCCUAGUUCAUUCAGAGAUCGCAUUGCCGCAUUCAACAAUGCCGGAGCCGCUCCCGUUGCUCCCUUCAAGCCCGCUGCUCCCACAUUUGUCAAGAAACCAUUCGUCGCACCUCCCCCGAGCAAGAAUGCAUACAUCCCUCCACCCAAGGUCGAGCCUGUACAGAAGGUCUACCGCAGGGAAGAAGACCCUGACAUUCAGAAAGACCAAGCUCAGGCAGAUGAGAAUGCAGCAAAGGCUGGUCUCUUGCCUUCGGAACACCCACAAUCGCCUACUGGUGAAGAGGAAGAGGACCAACCCAAACCGCAGAGUCUGAAGGAGAGAAUCGCCAUGCUACAGAAGCAGCAGAUGGAGCAAGCUGCACGCAGAGCCGACGUGAGCGAGAAGCCCAAGCCCAAGAAGCCCGUCAAGAAGAACACGGAUGAGUCGAUAGAGGCCGUUGCACCUCCACCAGUUCCUCAAGCACCUGUCGUGGCCCCAGAAGAAGAGGAAGAAGCUCCCUUGGAAGUCGAACAAGCCGAGCGCCAUGUCCGCCAAUCGCUCGACCAGCCUCGUGAACGCGAACGUACCCGCGGCGCAUCUGCUCGUGGAGUGUCUCGUGAGCCAGCAUCACCUGCUGUUGCCAAUGAAAUGUACAGCGAUGCCAACGACGCAGACAUGUCCGGAGCUGGAGACAUUACCGAGGAGAAUGACGUUGACAGCGACUCGACUCAGCCCGCCAGAAGAUCCAUGCAGGCACCGCGUGCACCCGCAGCUCCUAUCAAAGAAGCCGACGUCGGGGAGCAGCAAGAUACAACCGAGGACGAGGAGGAAGAAGAGGAUGAGAUGGAUGCCGAAACACGUCGUCGCUUGGAGCUUCGAGAGCGCAUGGCCAAGAUGAGUGGCGGUAUGGGCAUGGCGGGCAUGUUCGGAGCUCCCGCUGGAAUGCCCGGCAUGAUGGCACCUGCUCCUCCCAAGCCCAAGAAGGCUAGAGAGCCUAAACACGAGACAGACGAGGCUGCUCAGUCGCCCAUUGCUCAAGCUCCUCGCAUUCCUGUCAUGCCCAUCCCCGGUAUGCAGACAGUACGCAGUCCAGAGGCUGAAGACACUCAGAUUGGUGUUGAGAAAGAGGCUGAAUACGACACAUCGGUCACACAUGAAAGAGAGCCUUUGGUUGUGCCGGACGUUGAAGACAUCAAGCCUCAGCCGCCACCACACAUUGAGCCUGUACAUCGCGUACCUCCAAUUCCUCUGCCAUCUCCCACCAGUGAGCGCGCUCCUCCGGUGCCCACUGGUCGUCCAGUGCCUGCUCCACCAGUCCCCGAGAGCCGACCUGUACCUCCUCCACCUCCACCGAUCGAGACGCAGGUUGAUCCAACCGAGGGCGAGGAGUCGGAUGAUGAGCGUUCUCUAGCUCCUACGAGGCAGUCAACAGACACUUCAAGAGGCGUCCCUCCACCAAUCCCCAGACCAGAGGCAAACCGCUCACCAUCUAUGGGCUCGACCAAGCGUGCUUCAACCUUUGGCAGCAUAGACGCCAUGUCGCCCAAUUCUCCUGCCACGCCGAGCUCAGAGAGAAGACAGAGUCGCAUUCCCCCUAUACCUGGCACCAUGUCCUCUCCUCCGCAGGCUCGCGCUCCUCCCCCGCCACCGCCUGCUGGUGCUCCUCAGCUGCCUCCCAUCAUUCCGAGCGCUCCUCUUGGCGAGCCUGACGAGGGCGAGAGUGAUUACGAAGGCGACUACGAUACUGACAUUGCAUCUGGCGUCAACCACAAGGAUGCUUUGAAGUCGCAUGCCAGAGAUUCUAGCCUUGAGGAGACCGACAUACCUGCUCCUGCUCCUGUUCCCCGUGCUGUGCCUCCUCCUCCGCCAUCUCAACCUGCACCAACAAGAGCUUCAAUCGACGCACCCCGCGUGGCUCCACCACCUGUGCCUGUUCACGCUCCUACACAAUACGAGCAGUACGAGCAUGACGAGGACGACUACCAAGAGCCUUCUCGUGCUCUGCCGAUCCGUGCUGUACCACCCCCACCUCCGAGCGCACCAGCUCCCGUUCCUGCUCCGCAAGAGUACGCCGAUGACAGUUCUGACGAUCUUUACGGUGCAUCGCCUCCUCGUCAGUCCAUGGACCGCCCACCUCCACCUCCUCCUGUUGAUCAAGAUCGUGCUGCACCUCUGCCUCCUUCUCAACCACCGCCGCCCGCCCGUUCAUCGACCCACCAAUCUCGUCAAUCGCUUGAUGUCAGUCGUCCCUCGAUGAACAUGCGUCGCAGUAUGGAUGUUUCUAGGCCCAUGCAGGACGGUCAUAUCGCCACGGAUAUCGACCUUGCCGAGAACACUCUUUGGUGGGCACAACCAAACACUCCUCCUCCAACUUUCCAGAACCGCAGUGACAUUCUGUUCGAGGUUGAGGAGAAUGUGACUCAAAGACGCGGCGGUAGAACGGCCAUCACAAAGGACGUCUAUGUCUUGUUCAUCGACUACAGUCAAACCGUCAUCACUGCCCGCUACGACGGCCAGAACCCGCAAGAAGCUACACUUGAACAAAGACAUGAACCUCCUCCACCCCGUCUUCGUCAAGACCAACUCGAAACCGCAUGGCAGAAAUACGGCGCCCGCAUCUCAGAAGCCGCAGCGACAAAGAAGGAUCACGUCGUCGGUAAUGGCAGCCCCAACGCCCUCGUCCUUGAUCUCCUCAAACCCUUCAAUGAUGCACUCAAACCAGUCGGUACCCGUGCAUACGGCGCCCUCGUCUACGCCAACCUGGCCAACGCCUCUGUCCAACAACACGACGAGAUCCGCCCUGGUGACAUUGUCACUCUCCGCAAUGCCAAACUCCAAGGCAAACAUGGAGCCAUGCACAAAUCAUACUCCAUGGAUGUGGGUAUGGGAAAUACUCAUGUUGCAGUUGUCGUCGAUUGGGAUGGUACGAAGAAGAAGGUCAGAGCUUGGGAGCAAGGGAGGGAGAAACCCAAGACAAGGAUGGAGAGUUUCCGUCUCGGUGACCUUAGAAGUGGAGAAGUUAGGGUGUGGAGGGUUGUUGGGAGGGAGUGGGUAGGAUGGGAUUCUUAGAUGUGUUGUUUUCGAUGAUGAUAAGAAUACGAUUGUAGAAUUGAGAAGAUUCAUGGGUAUAAGGAGUUUUCCUUGUUGUUGUUGUUGUACAUAAUCGUUUUUCUUGUUACUGUUCAUUGUACCAAUCACUUCUUUCAUGUUUGCGGA